AAGAAGUCUUUUUAACCCCUCGAAUCAAAAAGCAAAAACAGAAGAAAGGAAAAUCAAAUCGGAGUUUCCAAUUUGCCGGCGAAUCCAAUAGCUCUCCUUCAUUGCCGGCACCGGAGACGACGACGACAACGGCGGAGGUUUCUGCGACCACCAAUCUCAUACAAGCGGAAGAAACCCAUCCGCACAAGCAAAGUCCUUCGUCGCUGAUGAGCUCACCGAGACGCUCUGUUCUUCAUUUCCCUGCGAACGGUUCAACGCCAAAAACCCUAGGCUUUUAGAAAACCCACCUCGCGACUUCGUCGAAGAAGCUCGGGAAGUAACCCUAGAGACGUGUGAGAAUGGUCGAUUGUGGCGGCGAUGCACCGGCGGAGCUCGUCUGCGAUGGCGCCAUCAGCUUCUAGGUCCUCCGCCGCCGCCGUAACGUAUGCGAUUCCGGUGACGCCGAUUUCGGCUGCUAAUCCGUCCAGCGAGGCCAUGCUCGUGAUGUCGGGUAGUCCACUUGCUAGGGUUCGGUUGUGUGAUAUUAUGCUCUACGAUGGGGCUUCUUCACUGGCUUACAUUAGGGCGGUGGAGGCUUUAUCUGGGUCGUUAAUGAGGUAUAAUGCGUCCGUGAUCGAGCUCGGGAGCGAGGAUGCGGCAUUGAUGAGAUGUGGGCUUGAGGCUGCGAGCUUGUUUUUCAGGACCAGAGGACAAACCCUUGUCGGAAAGGGAAGUCAUAAUCUCUGUAUGUACAGAGCAGGAAGAUCACUGGAAGAUUUAGAUUCUUCGCCUCCAUGCAUGGCUGAGAUAUUCAGAUGCAUGGGGAAAGUAGCACGUGCUGCUUUAUCUGCAAUUGCAAGGCAUCUACGUCUAAGAAGCGAUGUUUUCAACCAUUUGCUUGAUGACACUCCAUUAGCCCUGAAUGAAGUUUCCUCAUCAGUUCUUGUGGCUUCCAAUGCUGAUGCUUCUAUACCAAAUGGAGAGCCUGCUGCUGGAACUGCAAAGUCAUCCGCUAAUUUGGAAGUUGAGAAGGGGCUGCUGACACUGUUCUGCUCUGAUGGCCCUUGCAUUCAGAUCUGCGACCCAAAUGGUUGUUGGUACUUAGCAGAUAGUGGAUGUGGAGCCGGUGAUCUUUUACUGAUUACAGGCAAAUCACUCAGCCAUGCUACUGCUGGCCUUCGUCCGGCUGCUUCUUACAAAAUGGCUCCUGAUCAUUUGUCUGGCACUAGCUCUCAUGGAAGGACAUCUCUCGCAUUCAGGCUAAUGCCAAAACGUAACGCUAUGUUAGAUUGUACCCCAAUAGAAGCAGCUGGUCAUGUAAUUCGUCAAAGUUAUGUGCCGAUAGCUGUCAGUCAAUUUAUGGAUGAUCUCAUGCCCGAGGAUGACGGAUUAGCUAAUGCCCCUGUUAAAGCCAUUGUUGCUCGAGAUGACGCCAACAAAGAGCCUUCCUUAAGAAGUGUUCUAUCUGAUCCGAUAUCUGGUGCUUUUCUUGAAGAUGCAAUGGUUGUUUCAUGUGGACAUUCAUUUGGCGGCCUCAUGCUCAGAAGAGUGCUUGAGAUGUCUAGAUGUACUCUCUGCAGUGCAGAUAUCAAGAUUGGCUCUCUGAUCCCUAACCUCGCACUUAGAGCUGCAGCAGCAGCUAUAAAGCAACUGGAUGAUAGAAGACUUUUCCACAAUGCAGCGAUGCGGAGACGUAGAAAAGAAAUGAGCGAUCAAAUGGAUCUGGAAAAUGGGGACACUGCUACAGAAGAUGGACUGCAUCGAGCGGUACAGUAUCCGUUUGCUGUAAAUGAGAAAGUGCUUAUCAAGGGAAAUCGGAGAACUCCCGAGAAAUUCGUUGGAAAAGAAGCAAUAGUUACAUCUCAAUGUCUCAAUGGCUGGUACUUGCUAAAAAUCGUCGAAAGCGGUGAGAAUGUGCGGCUUCAGUAUCGUUCCCUCAAGAAGCUCUCUGGCUCGACGUCAAACGAAGAAAGGAGCCUACAACAAGUGCAAACCAAUUCAGAGCAGUAGAGUAAGCACAUAUUUUCAGGUAGGUUUUGCAGUCUUCCUUUUCCUUUUCCCCCCUUCAUGAAAGGAAGAGGUUUAAGUAUAUUAUUAUGUAUGGUCUCAAGGGUUUUCAAGAAACUGCAGAAAUAUUUAGUUAGAGAUUAAGAUUUGAAAACUGUUGGAAAAACUAUGUAAGCCUCUGUGAAGUAACUUUGUACAGAACUACAUAGACACCUUUCCUUUUGUUCUGUUUUUUUGGGUAUGA